UUGGUGAAUUCAACAGAAUGACGUAAGCACUUUUUCGGUGCUCCCGCCGCGACGUCCGAAUAGAGAUUAUUGACCAGUCGAGUGAUGAGGCCGUACCCUUUGGUCAAUUUGGACUGGACUCGUGGUGUCAGUUUUCAAUCAGCCGGUGUGCGCAACGCUCUUCUUGAUAGGAGCACAGCUGAUGCGCGGUGAAGACUCGCGGAAUUUCAAUAUGCUUCCAAAACUCAUCCCCCUUCUGCUGUUCAGUGCCCUGGCAUGGCACCAAACGGAUUCUUCCCGAAUUCUGGGGGUGUUCGUGUUUCCCAGCCGCAGCCACUGGAUGAUGAUCGAUGCCAUCCUGAAUGGACUGCUGGACCGGGGCCAUCAGGUCACCGUCAUUGCCAACUAUCCGCUGUCCAGAAGGCACGAAAACUACACCGAUCUACGGGUGGCCCCUAUCUAUGACUUCUGGAAGAAAUCGGUCAACGUGGAUUCGCUGUACGAUCUGACGGAAAUUUCCAUCCAUCAGAUGUUGAUGGGAUUUCUGUACAAUAUGGGACUGGAGACGGCACAUCAUGGGUUCACCCGGGAUGGGGUACGGCAUUUCAUUCAGACCGACGAGAGCCAUUUCGAUCUGAUUUUGGCCGAGCAGUUCUACCAGGAGGCGUACCUAAUGUUUGCCCACAAGUAUGAGGCGCCCAUUGUGACUGUUGGUACAUUUGGGUUUGCCCACUACAUGGGCCCACUGAUGGGCAUGAUGAAUAUGUACUCUCAUGUUCCACAUGAGUUUUUACCCUUCAUGGACAAGAUGAGCUUCUCGCAACGAAUGUACAACACGGGAGUAUCACUGUACGAACAGUUGUUGAGAACAAUUUACUACCUGCCCAGACAAGAAGCGAUGGCACGACAUUAUUUUGGACAUCUGCCUGGUCCACUGCCAAAGAUUGCAGCUCUUGAGCGACAGAUUUCUGUUGUACUCCUGAACAGUUACUACCCCUUGACAACGUCCCGACCACGAGUACCCGGAAUGAUUCAGGUCGGAGGACUUCACAUCAAGGAACCUAAGGCGCUGCCAAAGGACUUGCAGAAAUUCUUGGACGAAGCGGAGCAUGGAGCCAUCUAUUUCAGCUUGGGUACGAACGUGAAGAGCUCAGAUAUGCCCCGGGAUAAGCUGGAAGCUAUCCUUAACGUGUUCCGAUCGAUAAAACAACGUGUAGUGUGGAAAUAUGAGGACGAAUCGGUGAAGGGCCUGCCAAGCAACGUACUGAUCAAAACGUGGAUGCCGCAGAAUGACAUCCUGGCGCAUCCGAACGUAAAGGUGUUCAUCACGCAUGGAGGUCUUCUGGGCACACAGGAGGGAGUUCACAGAGCGGUUCCCAUGCUGGGUAUACCGAUCUACGCCGAUCAGCACUUGAAUAUGAAUAAGGCCGUGCUGGGAGGUUACGCGGUUCGGUUGCACUUCCCGAACGUAACCGAGACUUCGUUCCGAUGGGCUUUGGAUGAGCUGUUACACAAGCCGCAGUACCAGGAGAAUAUGAACAGGGUUUCCGCAGUGUUUAGGGAUCGUCCAGUGCCGGCAUUGGAUGAGGCUCUCUACUGGGUAGAGUAUGUAAUUCGACAUAAGGGAGCGCCACAACUGCGAUCGGCAGGAUUAGACCUCCCUUGGGUAAGCUUUGCUAUGCUGGAUGUGAUGGCGUUAGUUCUUGGUGUUUUAUUGUUGACUGUAUGGCUUGUUCGGAAGCUAUUGCGUGUUGUCUUGGGUGACAAAAAACGUAAGACAGAUUAAUAAAGUAGUUUUUCAAUGUUUCCAUAAGCAACGAGUUAGCUUUUGUUAAUAUGACAAUGAAGAUACAAAGCUCUGUACAUUUAGUGAUAUGAAAAUAGAAUUGUAAUGUUAUGCAAAGUGUCUAUGAAA